AUGACUCGGUUUAGCCUGACUGCUGCCGUCCUCAUUGGCCUAGGCCAUCGAGUUCUGGGUGCUCUGGAGCAAUGUGGACCAGCACAAUAUGACCCUACCAACUACGUAUGCUGGGAGAACCAAUUUCUCUGCCCCGUCACAGCCGGUGAAGGCCUAUCUUAUUGCAAUGGAGCCUGUUACAGCAAGUUCAUGUACACCUGCAACAAUAACAUCCUUAGUCUUCUCCCGCCCGCCGAGUCUGCCUUUACUCUCACCGUCUCAAACCCGGCGCUCCCCCAGCUUGACGGCAAGCCCGUCACCGCCCAAGGGCUUCGUCUGUGGCUUGGAGGAGAAACCAAGAGCUACUGCCCUUCUGUCGUCGACCCCAACUGCCCACCCGGCAACGUCACAUCGAUUGUGGCGGGCGGCUUCGGCGGAGCUGGUAUGAACACAAUGGUGCCCGGCGGUCAACAGGUCUAUCUGACGCCGGACUGGAAUGUCGGAUACACCCAAGCUCAUUCGGCAUACAUGCCGUUCGGCAGCACCUCGACUGGCUUUGCCGCCUACCAGGGCGGUGGGUUCAUCAACCUCAAUGGCAACGGUUGGGGUUGGGUCGCUUGUCCUCCGAGGGCUUCGGGUCCUGCUGGGCCCGAGUGGACUUUGUAUGGUAGAAACUCAACAAACGCCGAGAGCCUUAACUACUGCACUCCCAUCAACCUCAAGGUCACUCCUUACCCCGGCCAGGGGGCGGCUGCUUGGCAGUAUACUUAG